GUAUUAUUGAAGCAAACUGCUACUUGUCGUGCGAAAUACGUUGUUGUUCUUCUUGUCGUGCGUAUUAUUGAAGCAAACUACUACUCCAUGGGUAGCGUUUUCGGAGUUGUGCUACCAUCCCCGCAGGGCACUUCCAAAUCUUCCACUUUCUCCUGUUUCAGCCUGACCAGGGGUUCCGCGCUGCCAUGGAUUCUGUUUCCACUAAUGGCAUCACUGUACAUCGAUCGUGUCGGGUUUCCGAUACUCUUGCGGAAAUUUUUGGCGGAAAGAGCAGCGGCAGGGGAGGUGGACAACUACAGCGCAACGUCGCGUCAGGAUUCUGGGAAUAGCUCGUCGCGUCAGGGUAGUAGCCCGCACCGAGUCACCGACGAGGUUCGCGGCCACAUUCUGGGAGCCUUUUUUGUUGGCUAUGCCAUCUCGCAGAUUCCGGGGGGUGUGCUAGCGCGGAAACUGUCUCGGCGUGCAACCGAGCGCGGUCAGAAAGGCUUCGGCUUCCUGCAGCUCUAUGCCAGCUGCGCCGCCUGGUGUUGCUUGAGCGCAGCGUUGGUCUGGUAUGUCCACGGUGAUGCCCCCGCACCGUACCUCCAUGCUCGACAAGAACAGAUGCAAAACAGCGUCGGCACAUCGAAAACCUCAUCUCCGCCAAACGUAAACAUUCCGGCGCUGCGACCGCAGUUUCGUCGUUCCCUGGAGGAACCGAUCAAAACCGACAGGGAACAACAUCAAGCCUCCACCAGUAGUAGCUCGAGCGACUUAGGCAAAAAUGGCGCGCCGGGCGGAAUCAUUAUUAAUUGGGACGACGCGGCAAGUACAAAACCGGCGGCACCGGGACAAUCCGGAUCAGCUUCAACAAGAGCAGUUGCGUCAACUUCUACUAUGGAAGGAGAGGACCACAACAUCAAAGCUGUAGCUGCCACUGCUUCUGCUGUAUUCAAUAAGGCAGCUGCAGACGAUAUAUUGUUGAUUAAGGCGCCAAGUAGUGCUAGUCGUACAAGAACUCUGGUGGUAGAAGCUCCUUCCGCCCACCAGCUGCAAGAGAAACCGGAAACAAUUCGCACAGAAGUCCCUGUGCUGGCACUUGGCGGCGGUCGUUUUCUCGCAGGGAUUUGCCAAGGGCUCGUGAUCCCCGCAAUUCACCAAAUCUUGGCGGACGAGUGCGAGCCGAGGAGCCUGGCCAACGCAGUUUAUUGUGAGGAAAAAUCCCCCCUCCCCAUAUCAAAACAGGACUUCUGAUGCUGGAUUUGUGUACACAAAUCAAAGCUGUCUUGCAGUAGAGGAUUUGAGGCAUAUGCCGUGCCGGAGUACAGAGCUUCUGACGUGGACGCUUAGCAUCACAAAUGUCUAUGCUGUAGCCCAAGCAGCAUCGCAAACCGUCCGCAUAAUGCGGCGGAGACUGUGGAGUUGCCUUCUUGCAAGACAGAUGUGAUUUGUGGCCUCAAAUCAGCAGCGCAAAUUUUCGGAGACAUACCCUUUCAAUAUGGGGAGGGGGGAGCUUUCCUUUCAAUACGGUGAGCGGCACGGUCUCGGGCAUGUACCUCGGAGGGCUCGUGGCAAUGGUGUACGCGGCCGACCUGCUCGAGGCCUACGGUUCGAUCGCCGGCUUCCUGGCUUCGGUAGCCCUGCCCGUAUGCUGCGCGCUGUUGCUCUUGCUGUUUGACAGGGCCUGCUUCCCACGGGGUGAUGUGGUUCAAGAAGGUGCGCUCUUCUCCUGUUUUCGCUCCGGCAGCGGCGCAGGUAGUGCCACCACCUUCCGGUUUGACUAUGCCGACCUGAACCGCGGUCGCGAACACGUCGAGCAGUCUGCCGCGGGGGAUCUGGUCGAUCUUGCUGCUGUAGAGGAUGAGACGCGAGACCAGAUUAUAUGGAUUGCAAAAAUGUCUGGGUCUGGAAGAUUGCCAGGUUUGUCAUGCAGGUUUUCCAUAACUCAUGAGGUCUGGUAUGUAGGACAUAGCAUGACAGAUUCUGCGAAGCCUUUCCAAUGCCUAUCCUGCAUGGGAAACUGCCUCUCGAUUAGGUCAAAAGUGCGCAACCUUUGGCAAUCAUGCAACACAGCUUUUUGCCUGAUUCAGAUUUAGCAUGACAAGUUGCAUUCUUCCAGACCCAGACACUUUUACAUUUGAUAGAUUAGCCACGCGCACAACAACGAGAUCGGCGAAGACAAUGUCAAAUGCAAAGAUGUCUGGGGCUGCCAUGCAAGCCCUCGCAUCACCCGUCUUGCGAAGGUGUCCCAAUGUUGCCUAAUCCGCCAGAGGAAUGAGUCCCCUAGUGUGGUGUCAAGUUUUGGGCCGCAUUUGCUGUUAAUGCAUGACAGACCCUUGUGCUGCCUCAAAUUUCUUGUAUGAUCACAAACUGCAUUCUACUUCCAGACCCAGACAUAUUUGCAAUCCAUAGACAAUCCACGUGCACCUCUACAGAUAGUUGAAACUGUCCCACCAGGGGCUGGCGCGAGUGCAAAGCCGGACGCAGGGCGAGGAGCGCUGGCUCCUGCAGAUGAGAGGCCAACGAGGCAGCUUGUCGCGCCGCCCUCGAAUCAUGUUGCAAAAUCAAACCCAAAAAGCAGCCCCGAUGUUGUUGCGAAGGAGGUGCGCCCUUUGGUUCUUGCCGAGAUGCGGUGCGAGCGGCCCCCCGGCGAAGACGUCGCUCUUGGGCGCGCAGGAAUUGCUGGGGGAACAAUUAUUGGUGCGCCGUUCAGUGAUGACGAUGAGGAGCGAAAAGCCGCAGGGCCCUUUGUAGAGGAAGUUGUUUUUGGGACGAGUGCUCAAAAUUCUAUUGCAAUGAAAAAUGCCCAGACCCCAGAUGAACUUGGCAGCAUUUGCAUUGCAAAUUUUUCCAAUGCUGGAAACAUUCCUCGUUUUGCAUAUAUCUGCAUCAGAAGUUUUCCAUGCUGAUUCGCUCAAAUUUGUGUUGCAAAGGAGCCCAGCAGCAGGAUCUUCUUUUAUGCAGAAAAUACCUCAAGAACCUAGAUUCUGCACAAGAAAGGCCCGCAGUCCUUUCAUGCAAUACAAAAAGCUUCCACUUGGAAACUUUGCAUGAGAAACUGUUCGCAAAUUCCGUCGUGGGGGCCUUUUUCCUUUUGAUAAAUUACGUAACUCCUUCAAAAGCGGAGCAAGAAGAUUAUCACGCUAUUAGAAGCAGCGACAAGGCCUUGCUGGCACAUCCUGCGGUGCAGGUCAUUUUGUGCAGCAGCUUUGCGUUCCAUUACGCGUUUUACCUGCUUAUGAGCUGGCUUCCCACAUUUCUGGAGGAAUUUGCGCGGUGUGGCGGGGCGCGACAGGGGACCGCCAACAAAGCUGCACCCUACGGCCUGAUGUUCGUGGCUACCAAUCUUGGCUCGCGCGCAAGCAACUUAUCACAAGAAAAAAGUGUUACAGUUACACAUUUGUUGGAGUUUCUGCAUCACAAAUUUUCUCUGUGUGCCAGACAAAACUUGUAAUGCAAAGAUCAUACUGGUAAAUACGUAGGAAACGAGGCUCGCAAGCAUUUCUCGCAUGACAAAGGUUGACUGUCUUGCGGCUCCUGCAGCACAAUGUGCAACUGUAACCCUCUUUUCUUGCGAUGCAACUGGCUUCGAGACUACUACUUCUCCCGGCGGGGGGGCGGGGGAAGUAGGAAAACACCACUUGACACGACGCCGGACAUCACUGCGAGUGGCCCUGAGGACCUCAACGCAGCCGCGGCUGCAGCUGCAACUACAGCCUGCAACCCAUCUUCAUGCCCUGUUGCCACUUCUCGCGCUCGCAAAUUCGUCAACGCUGCCGGCAUUGCGGUCGCGUCUGCCUCCCUGCUCUGGAUGCCCCUCGUUGUCGCCUCUGGUGCAGCCGGAGGUGAUGAAGAUGGUGCCCGCGCAAAUGUUUUCGCGGAUGCGGCGGGUAGUAGUUCCUCGGCGCUGCUCUUGCCUGCUAGUAGUGCUACGGCCGCACCACCAGCCGGCGCAGCAGCUCCAGCGCCAACAAGUCGAACAGCUUUACUUCCUAAUGUGGACUACCAUGGUGAUCAUGUUCAUGUUGCGCCACGACCUGCUGCCACAAGGACGUCGACCCCAGAUCGCGCUAGUCGUGCGCGCCGCGCCGUCUUCGAGGCAACGACGCCAUCUGCAGGGGGGGAGGCGUGUAUCAAAAGGAAAAUCAAUCCCCCCUCCCCAUAUCGAAAUGCAAAUCUGUGAUGCGGGAUUUGUGUUGCAAGAACACAAAUCGGAUGUAUUGUCUUGUAGUAGAGCACUGCAGACAGAUGUAGAGCCGCAUCAUGGAUGUUUAUUUGGUGUAGGCGCCUAGCAAGACAGGCAUAUUCUCAGUAGGCCAUACAGCAUUACAAAUUGCCUGCAGAACGAGGCGGGGUCUUUGGAUUUGUCUUCUAGCAAUACGGAAGCGAUUUGCUGUGGCCUCCAAUCCGCGUCACAAAUUUUGAGAAGAAUCCCGUUUUGGUAUGGGCAGGAGGGGACAACUUUUUCUCACAAUAACGUGGAGAUCCUCGUCGCCCACCGUGAGCAGUCAAAGCGAAUUGGAAGAGCAGGCACUAGACCGCAAUAAGCAGUUCGGUCCUGGUGGGGAGGUACUUGCAGUCGGCCGGUCUUCAAACACCAGAGGCGGCGGUCCAUCGCGAACAGGGGGCCACCAGAACGCCAGCACGACGCCCACGACCUUUCCUGCUGGCACGUCGACUACAUCAUCAACUUCUAGCGCAGCCUGCGCCAGCUUGGCUAUAAGCGCGGCCUUUUUCGGGUUGGGCUUCUCACGGGGCGGCUUCGGGGUGGCCCAUCUGGAUAUCAACGAUGGAAAAGACGCUGGCUACCUCAUCGGUGUCGUAAAUCUUGCAGGGACUCUGGGAGGCGUCCUCAGUGUUCCGGCUACUGGUUACAUUCUCACCGCCUCCGGCGGUGCGCCAGUGCGCAGCGGGUGGAUGAUCACUUUGGCAGUCGCAGCAGCGUGGUGUCUCGUCAGUGCGGUUUUUUUCUGCCGGUACGCAAAGGCCGGACGGCUGUAAUGCGAUUCCUGGCAUGGAGCCUCCGAUUUUUUCGUACAGGCGAAUAGCAAGUACUUAAAAAUGUCUCGAAAAGAGAGAUAAUGGAAAAAAAGAACUCUACACGAAUAAAAAGAUGCAAGAAAAUCUGCAUUGUUUUAGGCUUUUGUUGUGCGCCUCUGUUUGUUGCUUUUGGCAUUAGUUGCCCAUCAACCAAUGCACAUCAGACAGCGUCGUAAAAAAGACAAAAGGCUUAGAACG